AAAUUUCAUACUUCCAUAUAAACCCAAAUAGUAUUUUAUCCCAACAGAAAGCCCCCCAAUUCCAUCGAAUCCGAUUAUUGAGUCGAUUCCUUGGCCUUUCACGUUACAGAAUUUACAGCCACCGUCCACCGGAGAGCUGUUGCAUUGCCAAUUUCAAUUUCUGUGUAUUAGCUGGAAGUUAUUUAUAAAGUUAGCUUUCACCCUAGCUAACCCUAACAGAAACUGAAAAGGUACAUUCAGUUGCAUAUUUAUCCGCCAUGGCAUCUAAAGAUGCGGAUCCUUCUCUGGGAUAUCUCACGCGCAAGGACACGGAGGUGAAACUCCCGCGGCCGACUAGAGUCAAGAACAAAACGCCAGCUCCGAUACAAAUCACUGCGGAACAAAUUUUACGUGAAGCUCGGGAACGUCAAGAGGCUGAAAUUCGACCACCUAAACAGAAAAUCACUGACUCUACUGAGCUUGCUGAGUAUCGCCUUCGAAAGAGGAAAGAAUUUGAGGAUUUAAUUCGUAGAGUUCGCUGGAAUAUUAGUGUGUGGAUUAAGUAUGCCCAAUGGGAGGAGUCUCAGAAAGAUUUUGAGCGUGCACGAAGCGUGUGGGAACGUGCAUUGGAAGUUGAUUACCGGAAUCACACUCUUUGGUUGAAGUAUGCUGAGGUAGAGAUGAAGAACAAGUUCAUUAACAGGGCACGGAAUGUUUGGGAUCGUGCAGUGACAUUGUUACCCCGUGUGGAUCAACUAUGGUAUAAAUAUAUUCACAUGGAAGAGAUGCUUGGGAAUGUUGCUGGAGCUAGGCAGAUUUUUGAAAGGUGGAUGAAUUGGAUGCCUGAUCAGCAAGGGUGGUUAUCAUAUAUCAAAUUUGAGCUUCGAUAUAAUGAAGUUGACCGAGCUAGGCAGAUUUUUGAACGGUUUGUUCAGUGCCAUCCAAAAGUUACAGCAUGGAUUCGAUAUGCCAAGUUUGAGAUGAAAAAUGGAGAAGUUGAUCGUGCAAGGAAUGUUUAUGAACGUGCAGUGGAGAAAUUGGCGGAUGACGAAGAGGCUGAGUUAUUGUUUGUUGCAUUUGCAGAGUUUGAGGAGAGAUGUAAGGAGACAGAGCGUGCUAGGUGCAUUUAUAAGUUUGCAUUGGACCAUAUACCUAAAGGCAGGGCUGAAGACUUAUAUAGAAAGUUUGUGGCUUUUGAGAAACAGUAUGGGGAUAAGGAAGGGAUUGAGGAUGCUAUUGUGGGAAAGAGGAGGUUUCAAUACGAGGAUGAAGUGAGAAAGAAUCCAAUGAAUUAUGACACAUGGUUUGACUACGUUAGGUUAGAAGAGAGUGUAGGAAAUAAGGAAAGGAUUAGGGAGGUUUAUGAGCGUGCCAUUGCUAAUGUGCCACCAGCGGAGGAGAAGAGAUAUUGGCAAAGAUAUAUAUACUUGUGGAUUAAUUAUGCGUUGUAUGAGGAACUGGAUGCAGAAGAUAUGGAACGGACACGAGACAUUUAUAGUGAGUGCCUGAAGCUAAUUCCACAUAAAAAGUUUUCAUUUGCAAAGAUCUGGCUCAUGGCUGCCCAGUUUGAAAUAAGGCAAUUAAAUCUCAAUGGUGCCCGACAAAUUUUAGGGAAUGCAAUUGGACAAGCUCCUAAGGAUAAGAUAUUUAAAAAAUACAUUGAAAUAGAGUUGCAGCUUGGUAAUAUGGACCGAUGCCGAAAGCUUUAUGAAAAGUACUUGGAAUGGUCACCAGAGAACUGCUAUGCUUGGAGCAAAUUUGCGGAACUGGAGAGAUCUUUGGAUGAAACAGAGCGAGCUAGGGCUAUUUUUGAGCUUGCAAUUGUGCAGCCCGCUUUGGAUAUGCCUGAGUUGUUGUGGAAGGCGUAUAUUGACUUUGAGAUAUCAGAAGGUGAGUUUAAUAGAACGAGAGCCCUUUAUGAGAGACUCUUGGAUCGGACAAAACAUUUAAAGGUUUGGAUUAGUUAUGCAAAGUUUGAGGCUUCUGCUAUGAGGGAGGAUGGUGGGGGCUCAGAGUUGGCAGAAAAUGAUGGCCAGGAAGAUUUCCUUGAACAAAAGAAGCAAUGCAUUCAGAAUGCACGGAGAGUCUUUGAAAAAGCAGUUAACUAUUUCAGAACGUCAGCUCCUGAAUUGAAGGAAGAAAGGGCUAUGUUGUUAGAAGAGUGGUUGAACAUGGAGAGUAGCUGUGGUGCGCUUGGUGAUGUUAGCUUAGUCCAGGCUAAGCUACCGAAGAAACUUAAGAAGAGAAGGCAAAUUGUCAGUGAUGAUGGGCUGUCAGCUGGGUAUGAAGAGUACAUAGACUAUCUGUUCCCUGAGGAAUCCCAGAGUACAAAUCUGAAGAUCUUGGAGGCUGCAUACAGAUGGAAGAAACAGAAGAUUGCUUCUGAUGAUGAUUAGUAAAAGAAUUUUGGUAUACGUAUUGUGAAGGUGUGUUUUUUUUUUGUAUGAGAUGACUCAGAGUUGGUGAUAAAAGUUGAUCAAAGUUUUGAUCAAAACGAAAAAGACUAGUAUGGUCCUAUAUGAUGGAUGGGGCCAACAAUUGAUCAAAGUUGGUGAUAUGAUAGAAAAGAAUAAGAAUAAGAAUCCUUAAAAAUGGCAAA